GUUUGAAAAAAAAGGUGAGCGUAGCAGCGACAACAACCAGCAGCAGGCGUUUAAGCGCUUCCCAUAAUGCACUCCCCGAUCAUCAGCGGGAAACCAAAAUGGCGAACGUGUUGGGGGAAAAUGAACCGUUUGUUAUUUUCUGAGACAGGCGCGAGCUCCACCAGCUCUCCAAACACAUGUUUGAAAUAAAUUGAAGGAUCGAAGAAGCGGGAGUACGGGGGGAAACUCAUAUCCUCCAAUUUUCAUCGUUCGAGACAUUUGUAGAAGCGGAGGUGACCGAAUGAGGUAUUGAUGUCAUCAUGUUUUCCUCCUGUGGGGGGGUGUGGGUCCGACGGUCAGCGACCUGUCCGGGGUUAACGGCUCUGCAUGCGGCUUAGUCACCCUAACAGCUUGGCCUGGCUGUUGCUGAAUCAUAUAUUAUACAUAAGACGUCGCAGCGUUAUCGCAAACUGUGCCCGUCCUCUGCAGCAGCUACAGAGCAGACUCAAUAUCCGAACAAAGGGAGCCUCAGACUGACGGGCAGGGGUAUAAAUGAAAAUGAAAUUUAAAACAAUUAUCAAUAAUUUAUCACAAUCAAACCAGUCCAGCAGCUUAACAGUUGCCAGUAAACAUAUCAAGUGGUAAAAUUGUGUAAAUAAACUCUCACAUUUAAGUGCCAGUCGAUGAUAAUUCCUGCUAACUCUUGUGUAGUUCUGUGUUUGAUGUGGUAUAUAGUCAAAAAGUCAGCAUUGCCCCCCAGCCAUCUUAAUGACUGCUAGGCUUUCGUUAAUUGCCAAUUAGCACUAAUCAUGAGUACAAUCACCUGUUGUUUGUGUCCAGGGAAGUGGAAAUGGCAUGCUUUUCAUUUUCAGCCAGUGCUUUGAAUCCCUUUUUAACACUCUACAAUGUAUUCUUGUACUCACCAUGACAGCCACACAUACAGGACAGCAUUUAAACAGAGAUGCACAGAAUUGAGGGUGGUACUGUGGUAAUAUUUAACUGAUAGUCAAAGAUAAAGUAAAGAUAUUGUUAGUGCAAGCUCAAUGGAUAUGUGUUUGUUUUUACAGUUUUUAAUGGCAUAGAUUCGAUUAGCAGAUGUGAAAAGUAGCUUUUUUACAGGGUAAGAAGUUUUUUCAGACCUUUGCUGUCUAUGCGUCAGUUCUUAAAAGCUAUGGACAUUAGAGAGAUCAAAUAAAAUGAGGAAAAAACCCUUCACCUUUACCCCACAGAUUACAAAUGUUAGAUUAACAAAGCAAGGCCCACCUGAAGCACAUGCACAUUUGGAAAAUUUGACCCCCUUAUCAUUGAUACAUCUCCCUGCUUAUUUUUUUUCCUAUCUUUUCCCUGUUUUUCAGAGACUCGGGAGUUGUGGACCACCUGUCUGUCCAUCACAGAGCUUACCCCCAGCGGCAGCAGCAGCAGCAGCAUGCUGUGUCUCUGUCCCCCACUAGCCUCUCUGUGAGAGGAGAGUAUGGAGAGGACAGCAUGUCUGACAGGUUUACAGAAGGGCAGGACGUCUUGGCCCGGUGGUCAGACGGCUUGUUCUACCUGGGGACAAUAACAAAGGUUAGCUUGAAGUGGACAAUCACUGGGUUAUAGGAGCUUUCUAUCACGGUACAAGCACAUAGUACACCAGAUUUAAAUUCCUGGAUUUAUGCACCUUUGCUUGGAUUUCUAGUGUGCUAAAACCGCUGGAUUAGGGGGCCUUCAGGUUCAAAUAUGUUAUUUUUAUAUAUAUUUUUUCAGCAAAUUUCACAAGCUUUGAAAUUUUUUAUUUGUAGCUUUGCAGUUUUGUUCAUAGGACACAGUCUCCUCUCCUUGCAUAAAUUUUUGAAUUCCAGGAUGAGACAUUAAUUUUUGAGCUAUUAGAUAAGUAUGUGAGUUGUCCUAAUUUAACCCAAAAACACCCACUGGUGUUAAAGAAGACACAAACCUUCUUUUUUUCCUCCAUCAGAUAAACCGGGACAAGCAGAGAUGCUUUGUGGUUUUUGAGGAUCGGUCAAAGUCUUGGGUCCUCUGGAAGGAUAUUCAGACUGGUAAGACCUGAAAACUUGGAGAUGUAUAUGUUUGUGAAAACUUGUUUCUCAUUAAGGAAUAAAAAGACAGGCAUGGAUAAUCAAACAACAUGAAUGCUAUUUGUUUUAUCUGGCAGCAUCUGUAGUUCAUUCUCUUCACUGUUUAGUAGUCAUUUAUUUGAAUUCAUAGGCAGUUGCACACCACUGCCUGCCCUUGACUGUCUUAUCUUCCCUCUCCUGAUGCUGGCAGUUAACUGUCCCCAGUGUCUGACAUCAAUACAACAGCAGUGACCGUGCACAUGCAGCAUGUACUGUGUUACAGUGUCUGUGUCACAAGUUUCCAGCAGUUAAAAUUUGUUGUUUUUUGCUGACCUCCAGUGGAGGUGAUGAAUAAAUGUACUUGCAGUGUUUCCCAAUAGAUCGCUCCCUGCUAAGGUUAAAGCUCAAUACACAGUCAAUCUUCUAUUAAAGGAAAACUUCCAACACCAUGUGUGUAGCUGUCAUUGAUGCAUUAAAAUUCCUGUAGUGGUGGUGCCAGGUUGGUCUAUUUUCCACUUGUCAAACAGGUCUCUUUUCUGUAUCUGAAAUGCUCCACCCAAGUUUCUCUCUUUUGUAGAUGUCCAUUUUGGAUCCUGUCUUAUUCACCGACUACCCUGGGGCAAACCCUGUGUCGGCAGUGUGGUGUAGAUUUUGACUACAACACAAAUGUAACUCAGCUCUUCGCCCUGUAUAGGAUGUUGCAGCUGAAUAACUCUGAAUCAGAAGUCACAGUCACAGGCAUUGGACCCUUUGCCCCAAGUUUUGGCUAAAAUAUUACUCUGUCCUACAGCUUGAGUACUCCAUCAAGUCAUGCAGUCCCAUUUUGCUCAACUGAGACAGUUCACUAAUAUUCGGUCUUUCCUUACGCCUGCUGACUUGGAAAAAGUCAUCCAUGCAUUAAUAUCGUUCAGACUAGACUACUUUAAUGCACUGAACUCCAGGAUCAGCAAGUUUCCAAAGAGGUGAUCGAAAUUGCAAGUGCACUGUUACAUGUUAAAACACUUUUCAAAGCCUAGCUGCUCUUGAUUUUCUCUGGUCUUACAUGUAUAAAAGAGAAUUUAGAUUAUUUGCUCUGACUUUCUUUUAUCUUUUUUAGGGGAUGAGGAUGAUGACGACGAUGAUGACGAUGACAUUGUUUGCUCCAUAUGCCAGGAUGAAACCUCAGAGGAACCCAAUGAGAUUGUCAUUUGUGACAAAUGUGGACAAGGUACUUUCCAUUAAGUCUGAUUCUCCAAAUCUUGCUUUAAAUGAGUAUUUUUCUCAUUCAGUCUUUAGGGCUUCUUUGUCUUGUCAUCAGGUCACAUUAGCCCCACUUCAGAGAAUUGUCAAAUAGAUGGAAACUUGAUGUUAACAAGUUGAUUGUCUUUUAGGCUACCAUCAGCUGUGCCACACCCCAAUAAUAAAUGCCUCAGUCAUAGACUCUGAUGACAAGUGGCUCUGCUCGGAGUGUGAGCUGACCUCUUUACCAAAGGUAUAGCAUUGGAAUAGAAUUACGCUGAAAUAUGUUUUUAUAUGUCGUUUUUUUCUCUGAUUUAACUUCAACUCAGAUUUCUUUGGAUCACAUUAUAUGGUUUGCUAAAGUAAUUGCUGUAAACAUCAACACAGUUAUAUGUGGGAUUUAAUAACCAUUUUGUCUGUCUGGUUCACAGAGGGGGAGCUCACACAGGAGGGGAGCGUCUGCUAAAAGCUACCUGCAGCAGGAGCAGCAUCAGCACAUGGGGUUACACCUAUCCUUCCCCUAUGCCCUAGAGGACUUGGUGUGGGACGAGGGCCACAAGACCAACAGCCAGCAGUGCUAUUGCUACUGUGGAGGUCCAGGAGAGUGAGUAGAUCAUCUUAAAGACCAGAUCUCAAAAUCCUUAUGAAUGAGGAUGCCCGUGUCUAACAGAAAAACAUGUUUGUGGGGCACCAGUUUGUCCUACUGGUUUUAUUACUCAACCCAUGUACGAAGGCGAUUGUCCUUGAAGCAAGCGGCUCAGUUUUGAUUCAUGCUCUCCAGGCCUAGUUGCACGUCAAUUCAAAUAACUCUUUCCUAAUUUUUCUACUCUUCCCUCUGUCUUUCCUCAAAUCCUGGUCAUAAAAUAUAUCUUCACCUGUUUUUCUUCACCAACAUUUCUCUUUCUCUUAACCCAUAGCUGGUACCUGAAGAUGAUGCAGUGUGAAAGGUGUCAGCAGUGGUUCCAUGAGGCGUGUCUUCAAUGCUUGAAAAUGCCCAUGCUCUAUGGGGAUAGGUAAUACAGCAGCCUCAUUCUGACUUCAUAAAGCAUUAGUCUACGCUUUUAAAAUCUUUCCCUUUUUCAUGCAUAAACUGAGGUUGUUGUGUUUGUUUUGAUUUUUAGGUUUUAUCUGUUUGUCUGUUCUGUUUGCAACGGUGGACCAGAGUACCUCAGCCGACUGCCUCUUACCUGGUGGGUCACUCUCAAGAUUUUUUAAAUAUAAGAUGGAUAGCUUUCUUUUUAAAAUACUAUACUUUUUAUGAGAUACACAAACAUAGUAUCCCAUCUUUACAAAGUGGUGCUAUCAUGUACAGUUUUCAGUUUUUUUUCAGAAACAAUGCCUCUGUAUGAAUCCUUAUAAUUCUUGCAUCCUCCCAACAUUUGUCUCUCUUUUUUACACGAGAUUCAAAACAGUAAAAACAGCUUUCACUGAAUGAUUUCAGGGAUGAUGUGACACACUUGAGCCUGUUCAACUUGAGUGUGAUCCACAAGAAGAAGUACUUUGACUCCGAGAUGGUUCUGAUGACAUACAUCAAUGAUAACUGGGAGCUGCUGCAGCUUGGGGAGGUAAAGGCUCUAAAAACUACCUCACAUUUGUUUAUUUACCAUCCUUGAUUUGUAAUGCAUCAGUACCAGCUCUGGACGCUUGCAUAUGCUGAGAAAUGUUUUUUUUUUUUAGUGUUUCAUGCCGUUCAAAAAGACACACAUUUUCUCUGUAUAGCGUAGCAUUCCCUUCUACAUCAAAGAAUUCAUGUUUUAGAUUUAACUUGAACUUGUUGGCUGUUUCCUUUUUAAUAUUUUGCAGUGAAAUCUAUCAUUACUCUAAGUGGGGCAGGGACUUGAAAGCCACAUUUUUAGCCUGCUCUAGAGGUUUAAUCAUUUUAAAAUUAUCCCAGGCUGCCAAAUUGUUUUUUCUACCAUAUGGUGUUGAUUUUCUGAAAAUAGAUUCUUUUCUCUUCUUGCACCCUGUUUUUUCUGUUCGGUGGCCUCCCCUCCCUCGUCCCUGCAGCUCGCCAACACUCCCAUAUCACAGCGAUAUGAAUGUGUUCUGGAGGCAUUAAAAAACAACAGCAGCAUGUGAGUUGUCCCCAUUGGUUUAUGUUCAACCCUAUUUCUCUUUUUCCAAACCGAACCUGACAUGCCUCCCUCUCUUCCAGGUUCAUGUCAGGGAAGGAAGUAAAGAAGAAGAAGCACUUGUUUGGGCUGCGAAUCCGUUUCCCCCCUGUCCCCCCUAACUGUGAAGAGCCGACCAGCAGAGUGAUGGAGAGGGCUUCACACAAGAUCACCAUCAAGGGAUGCAAGUCCAACAAAGCCCUGUCUAGUGAGAGGUAGGAUGGAAAUUUAAGACAUAGGGAGUUCAUCAAAUAUCUUGAAAUUCUCGGAUGUUAUGAAACAAAAAAAUCCCCUUUUCUGGUGACUGAUAUAAAACUAUAGAAAAGGGGAUGAAGUGUAUUUCAAUAUUUCCCUGCCCUUUGAUUUGUUUCAUAAUAUGUGAGGCUUAGCUAUCAUCCUGUUUGUUAUGUCCAACUGUCAUUACUUAUGAACCUGUUUUGAACUUGCAGUACUUUAACCAAUGGCACAGAAAAGAAGAAAAAGAGGAAGCAAGAAACACGUUCUCUGUCCAAACCCCAACGCUCCAGUGAACUCUUAGCCCAGGUGUGUGAUUGUUUUUGGUGUGUGUGUGUAUCCUUGUUGAGAAGUGUCGUAGAAACACAAAAUGUUAAACAUUUCUUCGCCAGAGGAUAUUUGGAAACCUUCAGAUUAAAAGCGAAAUUGUUGAGAAAUGCCAACGUUUUUAUCCAUCUUUUUGUUUGGACAGGAGAAGAGGAGACCUCUGCCACUGGAGGCACACACAUUAGAUCAUUUAACCUCGAUCAAGUAAGUGUGCAACAGCAGAGACCUCUCUCUUAACGGUUUUGAUUAUCAGCCCUGUAGAUGUGAGGCAGCUGUAUUGGUAUGGUUGUUUCUUAUACCUUUUCUUGAAUUAACAAGGUAGUAACAUGAAAUUUAAAUGAACUGAUUAAUGAAUUAUCUGACUGUUUUAAUAUCUUUUCUCUUUUCUUUUAACUCGCCCGCUAACACCAGGAGUGAGCAGUCUUUGCUGUCCAUAGGAUCCAUAGAAGCCCUGAGCACCACAGAAUCUACCUCAACUAGCAUUUCAAGACAGUCAAGGUAUUCUUAAGAUGUAACCGGGCAUUUAACCCUUUGUCCUGUUUGUUGCAAUGUUAGUUGACACCAGACUGGUAUAGCCUAGUGUCAACAGCCUAGUGUCUACAAACCAAUCAUCAGCUCAUUUUUAUUCUGCACCUGCAGGUAGGUGUGGAGAUGUUAACACUCUAAAUGAUUUUGAUUUAAAUAACAGUGGCGAGUUCCAGGAUAAAGCGAUACAGGAGCCCUGUCUGAUGCCACUUCAGCACUUUUGUAAACAACAGAGAUGGCAGCGUCUGCCUCCGAGAGGAAUGAUGAUGGAUUUUUAUUCAAGCAGCAACAGUCAUUUACAAACAUCCUGAUGCUUCGCUACAUGCCACUGUCAGUUUAUAUUUUCUGCCACUCUGUGCUACAUUACACAGAGUUGAUGUGAUUGGCUGUAAGAAUUUCCUGUCUCUCCCAGAGGCCCUUCUGCACACAGCCUUUGCUAAUGCCUCCCAGAAAAUGAAAUAAACUAGAAGCUUGGGUGAUGCUGGGCUGCAGCUGCUGCUUAAUCUUUUAACUUUUCCCUAUCCAUCACUUUGUGUGGAAAGUUUCAAAUUUUCACAUUUAUCGCCCAUUCUGGAUCCAUAGCUUUGCACAGACAACAAAGUAUAGCAGAGAUAGAACAGUCCCGCCUUGACCAGGCUGCAAAAUAAUUCAAAUGGUUGCAGCUAUGGUUUUAAAACUGAAUUUAAGUUCAGCAGUUUAAUUUUGUUCUAGAAAGGUCCCACAGCCUCACAUAACUGUAGACUGUGUUUGUUUUUAACUGUUUAUUUUCAUGUUUUUUUCUUCCCAACAACCCUUAAGCCUCUGUAGCUCCAGCAAGACACGCACUACAGCCAGCACCAAGUCUGUUUCGGCUCCACCCUUAAAAAGGAAACGAGGGCGACCAAGACGUGCCCUGCAGCCCCCAAAGCCAGAGAUCCCCCCACCCACCCAUGCAGAUCCAGACCCAUCAGCGACCGAAGUUGUGACCCCACUCCCAGGGCUUCACUCCGCAGACAUUGUUCAUGGCAUGGACCCCAACAGCCAGCUCUCCCACCUCAAAAGCUCCAUCAGCAGCUAUUUUGGAGCUGCAGGGCGGCUGGCUUGUGGGGAAAAGUACAAAGUCCUGGCUCGAAGGGUCACCUUGGACGGCAAGGUGCAGUACCUGGUGGAGUGGGAGGGUGUCACUGCCUCCUAGUCUCAUUAUAGUGAACACCAUGUGUAACCUCUAACAAGAGGCUCCUGGAGGUUAAUGGCUGUGCUGAGGACGAAUGUACACAGCAUGCAUUCUAAGCAUUAAUCGAAUUAUGCCUUUGUUUAGUAUAGACAAGAGGACGUUUUGCUUGAUAAGCUCAUUGUAAAGCCCUCUGGGUCAGUGCAGGGUGAUCAUGUUGUUCAUUACUGUCUUUCAUUAUGUUUAAAGAUUAGAAUUCAUUUUGUAAACCUGAGGCACUGUCAUUAGGUCUGUUUUUCUGCUUUCAACUUUGAGCGUCUGCUUUGAAUGUUUACAGGAUCCCCAUUUUUUAGAGGCAAAUAGUUGAUCACUGCAAUGCACCAGAAGGCUUUCAUUGACUUAUUCUGCUUUAUUUUCAAUCCAGUGAUGUGCUUUACAUUUCCAGACCAUUGAGGUAGGAAACUUUGUUUUUUGACAGAAUGUAGCUGGUCAGGCAUUCAAUGUAUGUGUCAGUGAGCGUGGAGAGGAAGAAGGGUAAUUUCAUUAGUUUCCCGUCAUGCAACUAUUUACAAAUGUUCUGGUUAAUAUUCGUCAUUUUUUUUGUAGUAUGACAAAGUUUAUGUUCACUCACAACCACGUCCCCUCUUUCUCUAGUCCCAUCUUUGAGUACCUCUCGUUGCCUUGGGUCGACGUAUCUGUAAGUUGUGUUUUGGAAAGCGUGCUCAGUUGUGAGCAGUUCAGGAGAGACUGAAAACAUAAGAGAUGUGCUGCUGCAAAUGUUUUAUAUAUAUUUGUACUACAUUUAUUAUAGCCCUGUUUCUUUUUACUUUUUUUUUCAUAUGCUUUUUUCUGUUGAGUUCGGCAGAUGUCUCUGGUUUCCUUUCUUUUUUUAGUAGGGAUUGCACAUAUCAAAUCUGCAAGGCUAUUAUCUCAUUUAAACAGAAUUUGGGCUUUUCAGUUCAAGCAGCAGCAUUUUCAAAGUGUGAAGUUCUUUUUUUAUUACUCUUUUAUAUUGGUUGAAUUCAGUUUGAACCUAAAUGUGGUGUGUUGAAAAAUAGCCUCUUCAUAAAGAGUGCCAUUUUGUUGUAAAAUUAUUCAGGAGCCCAAACCCAACAGAACUUUUUCAUAACAUUUUCAUUUGACAUUGGUAAAAGAUUAACUUUGAAAGCUUAAAGGACCUAUUGAGUUUUUUUGCUUUAUUUGAUAGUAUUUCAUAAAAUAAAGUGUUGAUAUGAAUGUUGAUACACCUAUUUCAUCUACUAAGUGUUCAGAAUUGUUUGCCUUCUUUGCUGCCUAUGCAAGUAAGUCCAGGAUAAUGUCGUUCGGUCGUUUUUUGACCGUAUGGCUUUACAGAGAGAAAGUCCGGUGAUGUGAUGUGAUGAUUCAAGUUGCUUUUUAUUUUUUUAAUGCAUAAAAUGGGUGAGAAAACAAAAACAAAAUAUCAACAUAAAGAUGCACUCAGAUUUCUUUUCCUUUUGCAGUCAUGUAGUCUACACACUCAGGAUAUGCCCGAAAACUUCACUGUAUUGUAAGGGCCAGCAUUUGCAGCUUGACAGGAAGUUUUGAUCUAAGUUAUUCUCAGUGUUGUUGGUCAGUAUUUUAUGUCAUAUGCUGCAUUUUCAUAUUGCUUUUGCCCAUAUGUAUGCAUGUUUUUCUUUGUGAGCAAAAACUAAAAAGUAGACUUUUUAUUUUUUACUGCUACACAUAACCACUGGAAAACCAAUAUGCUGUAUAUAACUACAAGAGGUAAAUAUUCAGUUUGUCCGGCUCUUUAUUUUGGGUUUAUGUACAGAUGGACACACCGUUUUGACAUUGAUACCUCCUGGAUGUAGUCAUUUGAUGCUUCUCUCUCUGUUCAGCCAGUUCCGGCCAACAUGUUGCUCACACUGGCUUUCAGCAGGCCUCUGUAGCCAAAGAACAUUCAUGUCUGCUUUUGUCUCUUCGAGAUUCUUCUUAUUACAUUUUAUACAUCAUGAUAUAGGUUGACUUGUUACUUAUGAACCUGUUUAGUAAAGUAUAAAUAAAAGCCGAUAUUUUGAACUGUUGA